UCGCGUAGAGGAAGAGAACGGCGCCCAAGCAGUGAUCGUCUUGCCCGUAUGUUGAGCUAGGAUCGACGGAAAUAUGGAGUCGGAUAGCAUUUCUGGAUUCACAGAUGAGAGAUAUCUCCGCGAUCCUCUUUCAUGCCUUGGCACGGAGGCCUUGAUAGAUCUAUUCUCGCCUCCUCGCUACAAUGUGGCUUCUUCUCUAGAUUAUUCGCAAGAUUUUGAGGGAGAUAGAGGACAAUCACACUCUUCGAACAAGAAUUUGCUAGAAAUCCCUGAGGAACAGAUAGACGACGAGGAAAUAGAAGAUGAUCGAGAGUGCUUGCGAAGAGAUUUUACCAAUCCUGGCAAUUCUGAAGAAGAAGAAGAAAAAGAAAAAGAGACUAGUGAUUCAGGCCUACAAAAGGAGGACACUUACUCACAGGCGACUGGUGCGAAAAAUCCAGAUAGUAGCCGAGCUAGCUUGGAAGCGAUUGACGAUGCAAAAGCUUUAAAAACCCUCGACGAACACAGACCGGAUGUAGUGGGAGUGGUCGAAACUCAAGCAAAGGAUUGCUCGCACGGAAUCAUGGUAGUAAAUGAGGCCGAGUUAGAGGAAGUGGUGGAUACUCGAGGCAAGAACGAUAAGUCGGAUCUAGUGACGGGGAUGAUGCGAAGGGGAGAGAAAAACCACGACAGUAACGAUAGUCAUGCAACACGAAUUGAUCCUUCACCCGAAGAAGAUAGUCUCAAGGGUGGUGGCUGGGUAUGCCCGAGAGCUGGAAGAAAACGCAGGAAAGGCUUGCGCCAAGGAGUUCUGGACGGCUGGCUAGUCUCUACCGUACAUGGGUCAACCAGGCAGCGUCAUUUCGUCAAAGCCCCACCGAGUUUCCGGUAGAUGCAAGAGCUCCCGAGCGAUGGCGGACGCGGCAGUGCUCGCAAGCAGCGUCAUCACAAGCUUCAUUCAAGGUGUGAAGGCUCUCAAGGACGCGUCUGUGAAUCUAGAUGAGGCGCCAUCGAACUUUCAGAACUUGAAGAGGUUAGUGACCCAGCUAGAGAGCUCCGUGACCAAGACAGAGAAGAAGUACGCGAACAAGCUUCACAAUGACGAGUUUCGGGCCAGGCUUCGAGAUUUACGUGAGCUUGUCCAGGAGUUUAGCACUGAGGUAGGAAAGGCCGAGAGGCUCACUUCCAGGAAAGGAUUGACACGGGUCAUGGCGUGCUGCUGGUCAGCAGCUGUCGGGGACGAGCUGCUGAGAAUCGCAUACUCCAUGGAAUCCCAGCUGCAGAAAUGGUUUGAGCAGCAAAAUGUUCCAGUCAGCAUCGAAGAGGCCAUGGAGAGGUACGCUCAAGGACUACCAUCUUACUUAACUUUGCAACCAGAGGAUGGCUACCAGCCAUUGCGCUCUAAAGUCCAGGAGGUGUGCGAUCUUCUCGCGAGCAGCCCUCACAAGGUUGUCCUCGUGCACGGCCUCUCUGGUAUCGGGAAGUCAUCGCUUGCUCAUUUUGUGGGAGCAAGCUCUCUGCCAACGAGAUUCGUAGACGGCAGCUUGAAAGUUUUGCUUGGCUAUGGGUGUAGCAGAGCUGCAUUGGGAAACAACACUAAAGAGUACCAGAAAGACUUUGCUGAGAAGAUUGUUCACCUCCUACGGACACAGCUGGGCUAUAAGAAGCACGACCUCGACGGCAUAAGCUUGAAAGAAGCCUUCGUUAUCUUAGAGGAGACGCUCAAGGAGAAGAACUACUUGAUCAUCGUUGACGAUGUGUGGGAGGCAGACGUGGUGAUCCGGUUCAUGAAACUCCAGGGGAAUCGGUGUAAGUACCUGGUGACAACAAGGCUAUAUGCGAUGGUUUCGAGUGACGUUGACAGAGUGGAGGUAACGAAGGAAGACGUCGCUCAAGUUGGAAAAGAAAUCCUACGGCACCACAGCCAAGUGCAAGACUUGCCGGUACAAGAACUUGCUGACGAACUCCUACAUCGUUGCGGACAUCAUCCCCUCACAGUCACUGUGAUCGGUCAGGCUCUGGAAGGAGAAUCCAGGCACGAGCAAUGGCUUCAGGCAAUUAACGAUCUUUCGAUUUAUGCCAGCCGAGCCCCUGUUCCAAACAAGGAUCUCAUGGACGACGACGUAUCAAACGCCGCUACUGUGUUUGGUUCCCUCGAGUUUAGCCUGAAGGCGAUGGAAAAGGAGACGAGGGAGUUUUUCACCGCUUUUGCUGCACUAUCAUGGGUGGAACCGAUUCCAGAGCCAUGUCUCGAAGAAAUGUGGCGUGCUCUUGGGCUGCAAGGAACUUUUCGGCUGGCUAUAGGUGCUCUUCUGAAAGGCUCUUUGAUCGGCAAGCAUAAGUCGUCCUACAGCUACAUUAUUCACGACAUGGUCGCUCUCUACCUUGCCGAGAAAGACCUCGAAAGCUUGGAACUCCUGAAACUUCCGGACUCCUCCAGAGAGCUAGCCACAGUAGCUCCGUGGCUUUAUAGAUACGGGAAAGAAAGACCGAGAAAAAUGGCAGGGGAUGCUCUUCUCAGGAUCCUCGGGUCAAGGAACGAAGCUCUACAGGCUAGCGUUUUCGACGCGACUAUAAACCUGUGCUCUCUUUGCAAGACGUAUCAAGACUGGUCGGAGACUAGCCAGUCAUUUGUUCUACUUCUGGGGCCCGGGAUCCCGAGACUUAUUCCGGAACUUGGUCCCGGAGGGAAGGCAGCACAGUCGGCUCUCCGCUUCAUCGCAAACUACUAUACUCCAAGCGACUGGGAGUACAACUUGAGCAGUUUUAUAGACACUGGGAUACUUCAUCAUAUCCGGCAACUUCUGAAGCCCGACGAUGACUCACUGUCGAGCAUGGUUCACGUCUUGAAGAAGCUGGUAACGUUUAUUUCCGCUGCCGAGAACGCUCAAGACACUCUGCGAAUUAUGCCCAUCGACGAGCUGGUUAAGCUGCUGGAUCCUUCUUCAAAGACCACGCGGAACUUUGUGGGAAGCAGUGCGAUGGACGCUUUGAUUGCGAUGGCCGAAGCCGGUGGACAGGACGUAGUGGAUCGUAUGUUCUCGGCGGGCCUGGGGGCGAUGAUGGUCCAGCACAUAAGAUCCGACUUUGACGAGUUUGGGGGGUGCGGCAUGAAGGAGCUCAACGUCUUAAGAGAGCGCUAUCUGGAAGGAGGAUCAACCAUCGUCGCCACUUUCCGGCGGUCAAAGCUGUAUGACAAGAUGCCGGAGAGGCAUGCAGCGUUCUUCGACGACAGCUUUUCUCUGGUAUAAGUGUGUUCCUCGACACUCGUUUCAAGCUGGACAAGCGCUUUUGCAAAGAAAGGUACAGAGCUUUAUUGAGCUGUUUAUGCGACGAGAGUGGCACUUAUUUGCAGAGUUGUUUCCGAGCUUGCCGCGGUGGGCACAACGUGGUUGUAGACAUGCGAUGUUGAUGGCACGGGGAAAGCAUGGAUUGCUUUGAUUACGACGAUCGUGUGCUGUGAAUUUUGUGAGCGUAUAAGCAUGUGGUACCCUCAGGUCAGUGAAUUAUUUUCUUGUUUGUACAUGAGGACAUUCACCCGUCUACGUCUGCGCACAUCUGUAUAGCCUUUGAACUUCAAAGUGAUCCGCACCACACAUCUGGCUAUGGAUGUUCCUCAAAAGAAAGCCAGUCCUUUAUGGGGGAGUACUCUCUCAGAUUUCCAGGUCUGGUCGUUGUUCGAGACAUAAGCUGGGGGGAGAUACUACCUA